UCCGAGACUGCGACCGUAAAUUUCAUUUCGUUGUGAAAACUAUUUCGGUGAAAAAAGUGUUUGCAGAAAAUAUCUAAAAUGGAUAAGCCGUGUAGGAGUCAAGACGAUUUUCCUGGGGAGGAUCCGGAUGAAGAAGUAAUGAAGUUUUUACCGAUGGAUCAAAUGUCAAUAGAUUUCGACCAUGACGAACAAUACAAACGUGGAGCGGAGAUGGAGGAAAAUAACGGAAACGAAAGUGAUCUUCCUUCUGUAGAAGAUAUAAUCAUUGAGUGUGAAAAGAGUCUGCAGAGAUUCUUAAAAACUCAACAUAUAGAACGACAAACAGCGGCGUAUCGAGGCUAUCCCGCACUUGACUCUCCAAUCGAUGAGAAGUCCAACAUAUUUAUCGAUUUCAACAAAGAGCUAAUGGAACCUUCUGGAGAGGUAUAUCAUGUGGUGAGAAAAAUGAAAGUUAUAAAUGGAUCGUUUCUCUUUUUGUCAUAUAUAAAUGGAGGCUGGAACUACGACGAGAUGAAGAAUUUCUUCAUAGAAGAAUUUGGCGUAAAAUGUCUAAAUACUUUGCCAGAAAAGCUUCCAUCGGAGGACGAAUAUAAAGCUGUCAUUAAAUUUAGAUCUAGCCAGGAACUAAACCAAGUAGUAAUGAGCUUAAAAGAAAAAAACGUUUACGAUAAAUUUUUGUUUUUCUCAUUCGACAAAAUACCGAUAACGUAUUACGAUUCAGAUUCUAAUUUGGAAGCUAAUUCAGAUUCGGAUUCGGAUGGACUGGACACGAGACCUUCACGCUGGAAUCCGGAAUUUAAAGAAACUUAAAUUUAUGUCUCGGUGUUAAAUCAUCGUACAUUGUAUUACAUUUUCGAAUUUAAGCCUUACUUACAAAACUUACAAAAGUUGGUUUAAUUGUUUACGGUAGUGAUGCUGCCUUCGAGUAAUUUACAUCUUUUAAAAAUGUGCACCUAUAAUGCUUUUCUAUCUGGCUAAGCGCAUAUUAUUUAGAGAAGAAAUUUGGUAUCUAAAAGAGGAAAGACUGCCUUUCAUAACGGGACAUUAGUUUUUGAGACUGAGAAAAUAAAUUUAUUAGCUUACGGUAGUAUUCUACCGAAAAGUUAAAGGUGAAAAGUUUCCAAAGGUAUUCUUUUGAACCUUCAAAAAAUAUCUACUAGAACUAUAGUUUAAAAUUGUUGAUAGGCUUAAAAGGCUCCACGAUAGAUUUCAGAUACCAGUUUUGCGUCCAUUUCAAUAUUUUAAAUAUGUAUUCGAGUAUUGUUAUUUUUAGCAAGCUAUAAUAUAAAACACAAAAAUCCAAAAAAUAAUGAAACAGCAACAUUAUUUUUAUAUAUUAUGUAUUUACCUAAACUAAUUUCUUUUUACUCUUGUUGAUUUUUGCUAAAAAUAUUAAUAAUAUAAAGUAGUUGAGUAGUUGAUUAGUCAAAAAUUUUAACUAUUUUUCGCAAGUAGAUCAUUAUUAGUAAAUUAUUUUUUAAAUGUCUAUAAUAUACCUGUAGAUAAUACUUAUGUGUUAAGUAUUCCUUUAUCAUAUUAUAUUGAUGUUAAUCAAUAUCAUUAAAUUAAAUGUGUAAUUUUAACUCGAAACCGAGUCG